UUUUCAAAAUGGAGGAAGACAACGAAGCUGUGAGCCCAACUGCCGACGGUUUUGACGGUUCUAAUGAAGUCCAACGCGUUUUGCUUAAACCAGAUGCAGAGUACGUAGAUUUGACUCAUGUGAAACUGGAGAAAAUUGAAAACUUUGAAAAGUUGACUAGUGUAAAGUCGCUAUGUUUAAGAAGAAACAAAAUCAAAAAGAUUGAAAAUCUCUCAACUCUAACAACACUCACUGAACUGGAUCUUUAUGACAACCAGAUAUCAAAAAUUGAGAAUCUCGAAACCCUAACAGGACUGACGUCUCUGGACUUGUCCUUCAAUAUCAUCAAAGUCAUUGAAAAUCUUGAUGCAUUGACAAAAUUAGAGAAGCUUUUCUUAGUCCAGAAUAAAAUCAGUAAGAUUGAAGGAUUGGAUAACCUGACAAACAUUGAUAUGUUAGAACUUGGAGCUAAUAAAAUAAGGGUGCUUGAGGGACUGGAUAACUUAACCAAACUACAAAGCUUAUUCGUUGGGAAAAACAAGAUCACAUCUCUGCAGAAUUUGGAUUGUCUUGUUAACCUGAAAAUACUUAGUAUACAGAGUAAUCGUAUAAUAGAACUGAAAGGACUUGACUGUUUGGUGAACCUAGAAGAGUUGUAUAUCAGCCACAAUGGAAUACAAGAAAUAAAAGGGCUAGAUAAUCUGGUGAAGCUGACUACCUUGGACUUGGCAAACAACAGAAUCUCAAGAAUAACAAACGUUUCACAUCUCGUUAAUUUGGAGGAAUUCUGGUUUAAUGAUAAUAAACUUGAGCAUUGGGAAGAUCUUGAUGAACUGAAGAACUGUUCAAAGCUGACCACGAUAUACCUGGAAAGGAACCCCAUCUACCACGAAGCAGGGUCUGCUUACAGAAGGAAGGUCAAACUAGCUUUACCAGGACUUAAACAGAUUGACGCUACGCUAUGCCAGUAACAUAAAUUUGUUUCGCUUUUUACUCUAAAUUAGAGAUUCACUUUUAAAGUUGUUAUCUCUAUUCUGGAGAAAUUUAUACUAAUUUGUGUAGUAACAUUUUUGUAUGAAUGAGACUCUCUUUUUCCCCCGUUGGUUUUCGUUUUCAUUCAAGAUCACCUCAGUUUAUUGAGAAACAGCCUCCUUUUUUACUCGCACAAUUAAGGGCAGCGCAGUUUAUUCAAUUAAAUACCACGCUUUCUGAA